AUGGCAGACGAAGAGGCGCAGAUUCCAGGCAUUUUAACAGUCCUGGGAUACUUGGAGAGCAGCAAUCCUCUCAUGCACCUUGCCCUCCAAAAAUUCAUUGUCGAAACAAUGGAGCGAGAGGAAGAACUUCUCGAGCGGCUCGCAUUUUAUGAAGGAGCCGCAGAAGAGGAGGGUGAAGCGUUGGAGCCGGCACCUGCGGAGCUGGAAAUAGAUGAGGAAGAGGCUGCCUGGGCCCCUCUUCCUGACGAAGAUGGCGAGUGGAUGCUCGAGGAAGAGCAUCCGGAACCUGCCGAAGAAAGCUCCGCAAUGCCGGCUUCCCCUAUGGAAGUCGAUGAGGACGCAGAACCGGAGCAAGGUGUGCGAGAAUUAGUCCUAAGAAACAGGACGAUAAUAAUACCGGUUCCUGCGACACCAGAAGCCGUAGGCGAAGAAAUGGCACCGGAGGCCUUCCAAGUUGGAAUUGUGGAAGGUCUCCCAGAGCAAUUCAGACAAGAAUUAAGGGAGCCCGAGAACAACGCCUACGAGGUAGUAAUGGAUGGAAACCAAAGUUCCAUUAUUUGUGGCUUUUGCGGGCGCCGGUUUGAGACGCUUAAAGGCUGGCGCAUUCACGCUACAAGGAUGCACAAGCAGGACGGUUUUUGUACUGCAUGUGGCCACAUUUUGACCCUCCCUCCCACAGCCACGGCUGCUCAGAAACAAGCAGCUGUGGAAUUACACAUUUCCGACUGGUGCCCAAGGGCACGAAAGUCAAUAGUUGACGAGAGGAGGGUCAAGCGUCGUCGACUAGAAUUAGCAGGAAAGGAUGACUUGGCCCAGAACAUCCACAUACCAAUCCGCUGGCGACGCUGCCACUCCUGCACCAUUGACGCUGAACAGCUGCUACCCUCAGACAGUACCUGCAAAAAUGCCGCAGAGGACUCAUUUUUGGAAUUAAUUUUAACUAAUGUAAAGUUUUGUUUUGACUGUAUUUCGAGCGAUGAAGAAUCAAUUGAACAGAAUGCACGAGUAGAAGGUAUCUGGAAUCAAUUUUAUGUUCGCGGAUUGGAAACAUCAGAAAGAGCAUUUGGUUCUUAA